AUGCGCGCCCUCGUCCGGCCUCUCGCGACCCAUAAUGUCUUCUUCCCUAUCGAGUCCAUCGUCUUCGUCUUCGUCCUGGGCAUGCUGGCCUACUUCCACAUCUUGAACGGCAUUAAACACUCGUCGUUCUUCGCCCCGACCUACCCUACGGCCAUUCGCCCCGCCUACGCCCGACUCAAUGGCGACGAAUGGGUUGGUGUCAGCCCACGCGAGUGGAAACAACUUGGCGAUGAAACAAAGGCGGUGGAGCUUCAGCAGUUCGUGUUCAGGCUCGAGGGCAGGAAGAAAGCCGUGCCGGAGCUCGGAUCGAAGCCCUCUGUCCUUUCCCAAAUCACGCAGCACCUGCCGGAGCAGCUCACUGGGCUAUCUGACGAGCCCUACACCUCUGCUUGCUACCACCCCGCGUCGAAUCUCUCAUCUGUGCCGUGCUUCGUCGCCACGUCUUCCGACUCGACCUCGUCUACGCUUACGCUUUCCUUCCUACCCGGCGCAAGGGAAGACUGGCUCGCCGCUCUGCGCCAUGUCAAGUCUGUCACCGUGGAUGGCCUCGAGUACGAUCUACACGGCGCGAAGCGCGAGGAAACCAUCGGCGAAAUGAAGAGCAGUAAGUGGGUGGCAUAUGCCCUCCGUGCCGCGUUCCUGCGCUUCUGGGAGCUCACCAAGAAAGCCGACUCCAUGGACAUCAUCGUGGUGCUGCUCGGCUACAUAUUGAUGCACGCCACGUUCCUGCGCCUCUGGCUGUCCUCGCGCGCGCUGGGUUCGAACUUCUGGCUAUCGACGGGUAUCUUCCUUUCCUCGGUGACGGGGUUCCUGUUCACCCUUCCGCUCUGCCGGUAUCUCGACAUCCCGCUUGACCCGAUCGCGAUGACCGAGGCGCUCCCGUUCCUGGUGUGUACGGUUGGCUUCGAGAAGCCGCUCCGCCUUGCGCGCGCGGUCCUCGCGCACCCGCAGACGCUCAAGCCCCAGGAAGACGGCCGUCUGAAGCCUGCUGGCGAUGUCGUGCUUGAGGCGCUCGAUCGGGUCGGCAACACCAUCCUAAGGGACUACGCGCUUGAGAUUGCUGUGCUCCUCGUCGGAGUUAACAGCGGUGUAGGCGGCCUCAAGGAAUUUUGUUCCGUUGCCACAAUCGCGCUGACUAUGGACUGCCUGAUGCUCUGCACGCUCUAUGCAGCAAUGCUCACUGUCAUGAUUGAGGUACGCCGUGUCAAGCUUGUUCGCCAGAUGUCGCGAUCCCGCACCACCGCCGUCGUCAACGGUUCUGGCAACGGUGUGCGCUCGGCCCUCGUUCGUUCGGCGAGGUCAGAGGUAAUCCGCAAGAGCCCUAGCGAGCGCGUGAAGGCCGCUUUGUUGGGGGUCAAGGGUUCUCUACUUCCUGAGACGCAGGGUCACAAGGCGCAUGCUGUGGAUGAGAACCCGAUGAGCCGAUUGAAGCUUCUUCUGAUCGCAUCCUUCCUGACGCUUCACAUCCUCAACUGGUGCACUCCCCUUACUCCCGUCACCGCUGCCGGGCGUUACAACAAGCACUCGGUUCGCACAGCCGCCGACGCUAUUCCCCCUGCACCCCUAGUCGACAUCACCAACCCCGCCAUAUCUAGCAUCUUGACCAGUCUUGCUGCAGCGGAGAAGGCAGGUGUGCCUUCAGGCGAAGACUCGGAGCUGAUCGUGAAAGUUGCCCCACCCGUCUACCUGCGUGUUGUUCCGGCCUCCACUUCUUCGUCUACGAAGACAGAGGUGCUUGAAAACUUCAUGUCGACAUGGACCGCCCUCGUUGGCGACCCUGUGGUAUCCAAGGGGAUCGUGCUGCUCCUCGCGAUCAGCGUCGCGCUUAACGGCUACCUGCUGAAGGGCAUCGCCGCCGGUUCUGGCAUGGCUGCGCUGAAAGCUGUACGAGACAAAGGCGUGCGCUUCCGCUCACGAGUGCGUUCGAGGGUCAGGCCGGAGAAGGAAGAGGACGACGAGCCAGCCCAUGUACCUUCCGCACCCAUUUUCGCCAUGCCGGCUGUUGUCCCUCCUGUCGUUGUUGCGCCUGCAGUGGAGCCUGCCCCUGCUCCUGCUCCGAAGAGGGAGAUUGUCCAUACUGCCAUCACAGAGCCGUUGAACCUCGCGAGCGUCGACAUGAAGCUUCGUGAGGCUGCGGUGCACCUGCUCCCCACUCCCGGCGAUUCGUCACCUGGCAGCGACAACGAGGGCGAUGACAAGAAGGUCUCGCGUCGCGAUAACGUUCGAUCGCUUGAAGAAUGCAUCGAUAUCUUCGAGAACGGUCCCCGCCCUGUCACGGUCGCGCUUUCGCUUUUGAAUGACGAGGAAGUCAUCUUGCUCGCUCAGAACGGCAAGAUCGCGCCGUAUGCUCUGGAGAAGAUGCUUGGUGACCUUGAACGGGCUGUCCUGGUCCGCCGUGCUCUGAUCUCGCGAGCCUCAAAAACUAAAACGCUCGAGACGUCGGAGGUACCCAUGAGCCACUACGACUACUCGCGUGUUAUGGGUGCCUGCUGCGAGAACGUCAUCGGAUACAUGCCCAUCCCUCUCGGUGUCGCUGGUCCCCUGAAGGUAGACGGUGAGCUCUACCCUAUCCCCAUGGCGACUGCGGAGGGUACCCUUGUCGCUUCGACCUCUCGUGGCUGCAAGGCUCUCAACGCCGGUGGUGGUGUUACGACUGUCCUCACAUACGAUGGCAUGACACGUGGUCCUGCUAUUGACUUCCCAUCGAUCGUUCUCGCUGCCCAAGCUAAGGCAUGGGUGGAGUCGACAGAGGGCUACGCCACUGUCAAGGAGGCCUUCGAGUCGACGUCUCGCUUCGCUAAGCUCCAAAACAUCAAGUGCGCGAUGGCCGGCAGGACGCUCUUUGUUCGCUUCGCGACUCGGACCGGUGACGCCAUGGGCAUGAACAUGAUCUCGAAGGCGACGGAGAAGGCGCUCGACACUAUGGCGAAGGAGUUCCCUGAAAUGGUCGUUCUCGCGCUCUCGGGCAACUACUGCACUGACAAGAAGGCGGCCGCUAUCAACUGGAUCGAGGGUCGCGGUAAGAGCAUUGUUGCGGAGGCUGUCGUUCCUGGCAAGAUCGUCAAGAGCGUGCUCAAGACCACUGUCGAGUCGCUCUGCAAUCUCAACACCAAGAAGAACCUUGUUGGUAGUGCAAUGGCUGGCUCGAUUGGUGGCUUCAAUGCGCACGCUGCCAACAUCUUGACGGCGAUGUUCUUGGCCACUGGUCAGGACCCGGCGCAGAACGUUGAGAGCUCACAGUGUAUGACGCUAAUGGAACCAACCAACGGCGGCGAAGAUCUGCUCAUGACCGUCACUAUGCCUUGUAUUGAAGUCGGGACCGUUGGUGGCGGCACAGUUCUCGGCCCACAACAAGCAGUACUGGAUUUGCUCGGCCUAAGAGGCGCACACCCUACCAAUCCGGGCCAGAACGCACAGCAGCUUGCACGCAUCAUCGCAUCCGCUGUCAUGGCUGGCGAGCUGUCGCUCAUCAGCGCGCUCGCGGCCGGCCAUCUCGUGCGGGCCCACAUGGCACAUAAUCGAUCACAGGCGAACACCCAAGCGAACACGCCAAACCCCUCGCGACCAGUAACGCCAGGGCUCGCGACACCGGCUACCUGGAUCAGCGAUGUGAAGGGAGCCAUCACCCCUGUUACACCAGGAUCAUCGACACCUGCACCAUAUGUUAUUGACGCUAAGUCGUGAUUGUGCUGUCUGCUAUCGUUGAUUUCCCUCCUUUGUUCGUGUAUACGCCCAUUUACCUACCUGCCCUUUGAAUUGCACGCUUCUUGCCAAUGAUUCACUGAUCGACCCACUGUACUUACUCGCAAUUCAUAGGGCUUCCAUUGCUAGACGAUCUGUGCAUCUGUAAUUUAUUCUAUCGCAGCGAACGGAGAUGUUGGUACGAAUAUAUCGAUUGAUAGUUGGACAUCAUGCAUAGAUCCUCAGACUAUUUUGGCCUGCCACUAUGAUAGUACUUCUAUCAUCAGUCAAAGAUGACGCCGCCAUUCACUAGGAUCGUCUGGCCUGUUGAACGUCAGCAUUUCUUGCUCUGGGCUCC